CCUCCGUCCCUUUCUCUUUCUCUAUCCACCAGUCUGCAUUUGGCCCUGUAUGAGGAGCGUGCAGCCUUGGCUUUCACGUCGCUAAAAAGCCGAAGAGGGCCUGCCACGGACCCAAUUUGCAAUUCAAACUUUUUUUUUUGCAAUUAGAAGUAGAUAAGUCCUUUAGGUCGCGCAGUGUGCGAUGUUGAGGCUGAUCUUUUUGGCCGCUCUCGCGGGGCUCAGUCGGGCCAGUGAUGUGCUUGAUUACACGGAUGACGAUUUCGAAAGCAAAAUUGGAGACCAUGAACUCGCUCUUGUGGAAUUUUUUGCCCCUUGGUGUGGCCAUUGUAAGCGACUAGCACCUGAGUAUGAGGUAGCGGCCACGCGACUAAAAGGUGUCGUCUCACUGGUCAAGGUUGACUGCACAGCCAACAGCAACACAUGCAGCAAAUAUGGUGUCAGUGGAUACCCGACACUAAAGAUCUUUAGGGAUGGAGAGGAAACUGGUCCAUAUGAUGGUCCCAGGACCUCAGAUGGGAUCGUCAGCUUCCUGAAGAAGCAGGCUGGCCCAGCGUCUGUGGAGCUAAAGGCCGAUGCAGACUUGGAGAAGUUUAUUGCAGAUCAAGAUGCAAGUGUUGUUGGGUUCUUUGCUGAUGACAAGAGCACAUCACAGGCAGAGUUCCUGAAGGCAGCCAGCGCCUUGAGGGACAACUACCGGUUUGCCCACACCAACUCUGAAGCUCUUCUCCAGAGUCAAGGCAUUGCCGGAGAUGGAGUUGUCCUAUUCCGUCCACCACGACUCAGCAACAAGUUUGAGGACAGCUCAGUCAAGUUCAGUGAGGAAAAAUUCACCAGCAACAAAGUCAAGAGAUUUAUCCAAGACAACAUCUUUGGAAUCUGUCCCCACAUGACGGACGACAACAAAGACCAGCUGAAGGGAAAAGACCUGCUGGUGGCUUAUUAUGAUGUCGACUACGACAAAAACCCCAAGGGCUCUAACUACUGGAGGAACAGGGUGAUGAAGGUGGCAAAGGGCUUCCUGGAUCAGGGCAAGAAGCUGAACUUUGCUGUAGCCAACAAGAUGAUUUUCAACCACGAUGUGUCUGAGUUUGGACUCGACAGCAGCUCAGGAGAACUGCCUCUGGUGGCCAUCCGCACUGCCAAGGGAGACAAAUACGUCAUGAAUGAGGAGUUCUCUCGUGAUGGAAAAGCUCUGGAGCGUUUCCUGCAGGAUUACUUUGAUGGCAAGCUGAAGCGCUACCUCAAAUCAGAGCCCAUUCCAGAGAACAACGAUGGGCCUGUCAAGGUUGUAGUGGCUGAGAACUUUGACUCCCUCGUCAACGACGACAGCAAAGAUGUGCUGAUCGAGUUCUACGCUCCAUGGUGUGGACACUGCAAGAACCUGGAGCCAAAAUACAAUGAGCUGGGAGAGAAGCUGGCCGAUGAUCCCAACGUUGUUAUUGCCAAGAUGGAUGCCACAGCCAACGAUGUGCCGUCUCCAUAUGAAGUCAGCGGGUUCCCCACAAUUUACUUUUCCCCUGCUGGACGCAAGAUGAGCCCAAAGAAAUAUGAGGGAGGUCGCGAGGUCAGCGAUUUCAUCUCUUACCUGAAGAGGGAGGCUUCCAACCCCUUAGUGAUGCAGGAGGAGUCCAAGAAGAAGAAGAAGAAGAAGGACGACAAGGCCGAGCUAUAAAAGCUCCAAAUAGGAACUCAACAUCCUCCCUCCCCCCCCACCACGACAGAAGGAGGAGGAUUGGGGAACAGAAAGAACUAAAUUAUAUUCCACUCUCUUAGUGAACUACCGAAUGCUCUGAAGCCGAAAAAGACGCGGCCCUCCCUUUAGGUCCUCUGCUGCUCUGGGAAUACUGUGGAGGGUGAAAAGGUGGUGGCAAGGGUCUGCCCGAUGUUUAAAAACAAAAACAAAUUUUUAGGGAAGAGGGGACAGCUUUUGAAAAAUUUAGAUUUCUAUUUCCCCCGGUCUGUCUACUACACCUCAGGCUGAUGCACUUUGGUUCCAUACCAGUCUGCAGUCAUCUGUCGCUGUGGUUUUUGUUGUCGUCAUCACAGGGGUUCAUGGUAAUGGUAAUUUUUCUUCUUUUUUUUUCUCUCUCCUUUUUUUUUUUUUUUUUUUCUUU